AUGCAUAUUGAGAUGCCGACAUUCAACUUCCGGAUUCCUCACCGGAACCGAAAGUCCGCGGCUUCAACAUUAGUCAAGGAAAUCGCGGCGAAUGGAAAUGAGGCCAUCCAUUGGACGCCAGACUCAUGGCGGUCAAAGUACGCUGCUCAGGCCGUAGAGUACCGCGAUGCAGAUGCUCUGGAGGACGUUUGCUUAUCACUGAAACAACUGCCCCCUCUCGUCAGUCGGUUGGAGAUAGAGCAGGCCCGGGUUCGCUUCUACCAUGUUGCUCUGGGUCGUGGUUUCAUCAUCCAAGGAGGAGACUGUGCGGAGAGCUUCCACGAUAUACAGCAUGAUAUCAUACACCGCAAGGUUGAUCUGCUCCAUCAACAGAGCCAAAUACUUGAGGAUGCGAUAGGAAAGCCUGUCAUACCACUCGGACGUAUUGCAGGACAAUACGCCAAGCCACGGUCGAACCCUCUCGAGGUUCUCCCAAGUGGCGAAACGGUGCACGCAUUCCGAGGUCAUAUCAUAAACUCAGAGGGACUGGAAGAUAGAAAUCCAGACCCCAAGCGACUCAUGUUGGGAUACUUCUAUGCUGCGGCAACGCAGAACAGCAUCCGCCAUGUCACUGGGCUAGCGAAUUCAGUACCCGGCAAGGCAUUCAACAAGUGUCAUCUUUACACAUCGCAUGAGGCGCUUCACCUCCCCUAUGAAUCUGCUCUCACACAUGAGUCUUAUAACCUGUCAGCAACAUCAAUCUGGCUGGGUGAGAGAACCCGUCAACUUGAUGGUUCCCACGUCGAGUAUGCUCGUGGACUGCGAAACCCCAUCGGCGUAAAGAUCGGCCCAAAGGCUACAGCAGCAGACGUAAUUGCCCUUCUUGAUACUCUGGCUCCUGAUACAGCACAGUAUGGCAAGGUCACCAUCAUCACUCGCAUGGGACGCGACAAGGUGAGGCAGGUACUUCCCACCAUCAUUAGAGCAGUUCAGCUCAGCGGUCAUGUACCCGUCUGGAUGUGUGACCCUUGCCAUGGUAACACGUUUACUACUUCAGAGGGGAUCAAGACCAGAAAGGUUGAAGACCUCUUAGCUGAGCUCGAGGAGACUUAUGCUGUUCAUCGGAGUCUUGAGAGUCACCUUGGGGGUAUACAUCUGGAGCAAACGGGAGACGAUGUUACAGAAUGCCUAGGUGGUCCAUCCUGCGAAAACGAGGGAGAUUUGAAUUCUUGCUACGAGUCGUUGUGUGACCCUAGGUUGUCUGGUGAGCAGGCGUUGGAUCUGGUGCAACGCUUUGCCGAGUUUGUGAAGAACUUUAGUUAG